GCGCAGGCAGCAGCACUUCCCCGCCGACUCCGCAGCUGGCAGCCAGGCCCCUGUACCAUGGAACCCGUGACGAAGUGGAGCCCCAAACAAGUGGUGGACUGGACCAGAGGGUUGGAUGACUGCCUGCAGCCAUACGUCCACAAGUUUGAACGGGAGAAGAUAGAUGGAGAACAGCUGCUGCGGAUCUCCCACCAGGAUCUCGAGGAGCUGGGGGUCACGCGGAUUGGACACCAGGAGCUGGUGCUGGAGGCCGUCGACCUACUGUGUGCACUGAAUUAUGGCCUUGAAACCGAUAACAUGAAGAACUUGGUUCUGAAGCUGCGAGCGUGUUCCCACAACCUGCAGAACUGCGUCAGUAGCCGGAGGAAAAGCCCAGCCUACGACGGGAACACAUCCCGCAAACCUCCCAAUGAGUUCCUGACCUCGGUGGUGGAGCUCAUCGGGGCUGCGAAGGCCCUGCUGGCUUGGCUGGACCGGGCUCCGUUUACAGGCAUCACCGACUUCUCAGUCACAAAGAACAGAAUCAUCCAGCUUUGCCUGGACCUGACCACUACAGUCCAGAAGGAUUGCCUUGUAGCAGAAAUGGAGGAUAAAGUUUUAAAUGUGGUCAAGGUUUUAAAUGGCAUCUGUGACAAAACAAUCCGUUAUACCAGGGAUCCUCUUAUGAGCCAGUGUGCGUGCCUGGAGGAAGUUCACUUACCAAACAUUAAGCCUGGGGAGGGCCUGGGCAUGUACAUAAAGUCGACCUACGAUGGACUGCACGUGAUUACUGGAACCACAGAAAAUUCUCCCGCCGACAGGUCUCAGAAGAUUCACGCUGGUGACGAAGUCAUUCAAGUUAACCGGCAGACUGUGGUGGGGUGGCAGCUUAAAAAUCUGGUCAGAAAGUUGAGAGAAAAUCCCACUGGUGUGGUGUUACUGCUUAAGAAACGGCCUUCGGGUUCUUUCAACUUCACCCCUGCUCCUCUGAAGAACCUGAGGUGGAAGCCGCCCCUGGUGCAGACGUCACCCCCACCCACGACAACACAGUCUCCCGAGAGCACGAUGGAUACCUCGCUGAAGAAGGAGAAGCCAGCCAUCCUGGACCUGUAUAUCCCCCCACCGCCGGCCAUGCCCUACUCGCCCCGGGAGGAGAGUGGGGGCUUUGUUUACGGAGGAUUCAACAGGAGUAAACAGCCACUGCCUGCCCCCAAAGGCUCGGAGUCCCCCAAUUCCUUCUUGGAUCAGGAGAGCCGGAGACGAAGGUUUACCAUUGCAGACUCUGACCAGUUGCCCGGGUAUUCUGUGGAAAGCAAUCUUCUACCCACAAAAAUGAGAGAGAAAACACCAUCCUAUGGCAAGCCCCGACCCUUGUCCAUGCCUGCAGACGCCAACUGGAUGGGGAUUGUGGAUCCUUUUGCCAGACCUCGAGGUCACGGGAGGAAAGGGGAAGAAGCUCUUUGCCGGUAUUUCAGUAACGAGCGGAUUCCUCCCGUCAUUGAAGAAAGCGCCUCUCCCCCGUACCGCUUCUCCAGGCCUGGGACAGAGCGACAUCUGGUGCGUGGCGCAGACUACAUCCGAGGGAGCAGGUGCUACAUCAACUCUGAUCUCCACAGCAGCGCCACCAUCCCAUUCCAGGAGGAGGGGACCAAAAAGAAAGCCGGUGCCGCAGCAGCCAAGUCCUCCUCCACGGAGCGGUCUCUGCUGGUCAGCUGGCUUACGCGCCUGAGACUGCUGACCCACUGAGCGUGUGCCCUGCAUGCCUUGCUGUCUCCUGCUACAAGUGCCUUCUUUGGUAUAGCCUUGCGGAUCUCAUGCACAGUGUUACAUCGUGACCUUGCACGAUGCCUGCCUUCCUUGCUUCCUGAGGUUUCAUGACUACCCCUCUCAGAAAUGUGAAGGACUUGGACGAUGUAGCCAAUCCAGAGGCUCCCAGGUGUGAGCUUGUGGAAGCGAAGGGAGGAUGUGACUAGUCUGUGCUGUUUCGGCUUCCCUGAAGUUGGAACGGUUAGACACUCUGUAGACAUGGCAUCUUGGCCAAAAGGAUGGCCGAUGGGAGGAAUGGGGUCAGCGUUCUUGGGUUUUGUGGGGUUACAGGGAGUGGGUCCUCAGCUUGGGAGCAGUUGUCACAUAGAUGUGUUCGAUUGUGGACCAACUACUUUACCUGAAGAGCCAGUGAAGGAAGCAUUGUUCGAUGUUGCAAAGCUAUAUUCCAUUUCUGUAAGUGUGGCAGCUUUGAGGUUGCUCUAAGCACGUGGGGAGUGACUGAUGACUUCAGAGCAGAAGUGUAAUAAGCUCUGCCUGGGGAGUCCAGUCUUUGUAUAGGUCAGUUAAUACGGAAACACAUGGAUACACAUUUUGAUACACAUAGAUACACAUCUUGUAACCAUACACAAAGAAACGUGUGGUCAUUUGUAUUGUUGUUAUUGCCUGUUGUUUAAGGGAAAAGAAACUGUAAGAUUUGUGACUGCCAAAGUAUCAUUCAGAAAAGUGAAGCAAGAAGAUUGAUGAGAAACACAUCAGUUUGCAUUUUGACCUGUUCCAUGGCCAUCUUCCAGAAAAGAACCUCUGCAGGUCUCUAAGGUGGUGCACAUAUUCCUAGCUAGAAAUAUCUUGGAGAAUCUCAAUGGUCACUCAUUUUCAACUAGCAUCAGGUAUUUUGAACACAGUGUGUCUGGAUAUUAACUCAUGUUUAAACUGAAUGUAUGAUAUUUUGUUAGAAUGAAAAAGUGUACUAUCUUGUUAAUUUAAGUUUUUAAAUAUAGUUGUAUAUUUUUCUUACUCUUAGUCACAUGUAGCUGAAGUAUUGUUUCGCGUCAUUUAUGAAGCCGUUGAGAAAGAGUGAUCACGUUAUUGGCAGAUGUGCGUGCGGGUGGUAUUCAUGGCUGCAUGCACGUGGUGAAAAAAAAAUAAACCC